CCCAGCGCACGCGUCCACAUGAAAUAAUUCCCAAAUUAAUUUACGAAUUCAUCUCCAUUUAAUUUGCACUCGCCCCCUCCACCCUAGAGUGGAGCCAAGUGCCACGAAAAAACCAUUGACAACAGUCCGUGGUAAAUUGAAUCUGCCAUUUGAAUAAUUCGAUUAAACCGUGAAGCACGUGAUUCGUAUGAAUAACAAAGAGACAUAUCGAGAAUUUUUGAUGGAAUUAUUUCAUUUGGGACCCGCGUUUUCCGGUGAUUACCAUAAUUUGAUGGAUGCCAGGGCCCCGAAAUGAUUUCGCGUUGUGAAUCGUUUAAAUUUAUUCGGAGAUUAUUUAUGUGGAUUUAUUUUUUAUCGGGAUGAUAUUGCUUGAGUGGUGAAAUUUAAUUGAGGGAAUUGAGGGAAUUGAGGGAAUUUUUAUUAUCUUAUCGGCAAAAUGUUGGACAAUGAGAAUUCGGUGAUUCCUCCACAAGUGUCUAAUCCCCACGUACCUCAGGAUUUCACGGUAUCGAGACUGCUAUCGACACCGUCCCACACUCUCGAUUGCAGCGACACCAACGGUGGGGGCCGCAGACCGAGGCGGAGUAGAACGACAUUUUCUGCCCAGCAAUUGGCGGCCCUCGAGAGGGUUUUCGAAAGGACGCAUUAUCCUGAUGCAUUUGUUAGGGAGGAAUUGGCAACUAGGGUUUCCCUAUCCGAAGCGAGGGUUCAGGUUUGGUUUCAAAAUCGUCGGGCGAAAUUCCGCAGAAACGAGAGGAGUUCCGCCCUGAAUCGGGGUGCAUCGUCGACACGUGAUAUUGAGACAACUCUGCCGUUGAGACCUAUCAGGAUAGCCCACACCCAUGAGACAAACACUGAACCACUGCAGUCUGGACAAGUGCCUCAAUAUUCCUAUAGCGAUUACUGGCGAUCACCUCAGGCUUACGGUGGAGUCCAGAGUGCAGCUAGUUGUCACGGUUUCGUUAACGGCAACCUGAGCGCCACGGGAUUCACCUCUUAUCACCAGACAGAUGUCCACAGUGGGAUUGAAGGGGGCAUGAAUGGAUUAAAUGCACUGAGACUUCGGAGUCAUCCCUACGGAGCUGCUUAUUCCGCAAUGCAUGCCAGUAUGUGACAAUUUUCCGAGGAAAAAAUCUGACGUCAAGGAUCCCCCGUCAAGAAUUGAUCGACCGAAUCAAAUCCCAAAGAGAAUUUUGUAUUUACAAAUAAGGAUUAGCUCUAGAUAUUUAACUACUGAGGAAAUCCCAGGAGCUACUGUUUCUGUGUUUACUUUCGUGCCGAGUGGUUGCUCGCGAAAGUUCACUGGAACUUUUUUGCAGAGCAUCGAAUUUUUUACAGAAAAUGAUAAUAACAUUUUCUUGUAAAACCAUGUGGUAUUGAGAUCGAAAUUUUAAUGGGAAGGAAGUAUUUUUGGAGUGAUUUUUUGUGUGGGAUUUCUUCAGAAAAACACAGGGUAAUAUUGAAUGAAAAUUCAAUUUAUAUCGAACAUCGAUUUUAUUAUCGUGGCCAGUGGCCCACGUAAAAAUUACGAACAUUGUAAUCAAUAAAAAGGAGGAAUGAAGUAAAUACACAUGUAAAUAUCGGAGAUCCACAGCGAGAUAUCCUCGAAACUGGGGUAAAUUCAUUGCGACAAGU